UUCAGCUCUUCGGUCAAGAAGUCCAAGCAACACAAAACCAGCAAAAUGUUCAAACUGAUUGCCCUCAUCUCUGCCCUGUGCGCCGUGGCCAAUGCCGGAGUAAUCUCGCCCUACAGCCAUGGAUAUGGACUGGGAUACGGUGCCGCUCUGGCUCCGGCUUAUGCCGCUCCGGCUGUGAUCUCGCACGCCCCGAUCAUCAAGAGCUACGCCGCUCCCAUUGUCGCCCACCCGGUGGCCACCUCCUAUGCCAACACCUACAAGGUGGCCACCAAGGCCAUCCCAGUGGUCCAUGCCGCUUCCCUGGUGCACGCUGCUCCUCUGGUCCAUGCCGUGCCUGCUCUGCACUCCACCUCCACCUACCACGGAUCCUAUGGCGGCUACGGCAGCUACGGUCUGGGAUACGCCGGCUACGGACACGGAGCCUACCUGCACUAAGGAUCUGGAUGUCGCAAAGGAUACCAGCCCCCGUUGACGACCCCGAUCGAAGUGAGAACAUUCAGCGGAUAAUUCGCAUUUUGCUGCCGUCAAAGUGUUGAAUUUGCAUUUCGUAGUCAGAGGCGGAAAUACAAAUUGUGUACAAAAUCCCUCAAAAACCCAGACACCCACUUGGAGACAGAGACAACUAGAGAACUAAGGACAACUAACGGGAGGCGGCGAGAGCGAGAGAGAUUGAUGAAGGAUCAAGUUUCGUUGAUUUUGUUAUUAUGGUGCAACUCCAUGCAUUGUGGCUUCAUAACAUUUUGUAAAUAAACGAUAAAUGACUCUUUAAACGAA